AAUCCUCUUCAGGACAACUGCAUCCAUCCACCAUGUCGAUCUCUAUCCAAACGACAUCCUCCAAAGGUCCCAGGAGCAUGACCUCAGGGUCCAUAAUCACCAAGACUCUGAGGAGCUCCGCAGCCUUUCCUCAAAAGGCCCACAGCGUGUAUGGAGGCAGCUUUGGAGGAAGCACUCGCAUCUCUACCACCAGAAUUGGAGGCGGUGGAGGAUAUGGUUUUGGUGGAGGACACGGUGGAGGAUAUGGAGGAGGAUAUGGUGGAGGAUACAGCUCUGGAUUCAUCCACGGAGGGGAUGGUGACCAUUACCAGCUGAAUGAGAAGGCCACCAUGCAAAACCUGAAUGAUCGUCUGGCGUCCUACCUGGAUAAGGUGCGCUCCCUAGAGGCUGCCAAUGCCACUCUGGAGAGGCAGAUCCGUGAGUACUAUGAGAAGAAGGGGCCAGUCGCAGAGAGGGACUACAGCCACUUCUGGAACACCAUCAAAGACCUGAAGGACAAGAUCAAAAAUGCUACCAUCCACAACGCCAACAUCCUCCUGCAGAUUGACAACUCUAAGCUUGCUGCUGAUGACUUCAGGAUAAAAUUCGAGCAUGAGUUGGUAAUGCGCCAAUCUGUGGAGGCUGACAUCGCCAACCUGCGCCGCUUGCUGGACCAGACGACACUGACAAAGGCCGACCUGGAGAUGCAGAUCGAGGGUAUGCAAGAUGAACUGGCCUUUAUGAAGAAGAACCACCAGGAGGACUUGGCUGCACUGAGGUCUCAGCUGACUGGCACAGUGAACGUCGAGGUCGAUGCUGCUCCUCAACAAGAUCUGAACAAGGUUCUGGAGGAGAUUCGCGCUCAUUACGAGAACAUCAUUCAGAAACAUCGCAGGGAACAGGAAGACUGGUUCAAAGACAAGUCGGCAGGUUUGAGCAAAGAAGUGGCCAUCAGCACAGAGACCAUACAAACAACAAAGACACAGAUCACAGAUCUACGACGCACCUUGCAAGGCCUGGAGAUCGAACUACAGUCCCAACUCAGCAUGAAAGCAGCACUGGAGAACUCACUGGGAGACACAGAGGCUAGGUACAGCGCUAUGCUAGCAGGCUACCAGAACCAAAUCAACAUGCUGGAAGCAGAGUUGGCUCAGUUGAGAGCUAGCAUUGAGCAGCAGUCACGAGAUUACAUCUUGUUGCUGGACAUCAAGACUCGUCUGGAGCAGGAGAUCGCCACCUACAGGAGCCUCCUGGAAAACCAGGACAUUAAGACUCAAGUACCAGGUGGAACUGUCACCAUCACCACGACCACAACAGGAGGAACAUCAGUCCAGCAGCGUUCAUUCUAAAGGCUAAAUAAAAUGCUGAAAGCAAUGCUUUAUGAGACCACACACAUAGAUUUGAAUCUGAAUGUGUGCUGAAAGUGUUAGGGGAAAGUGUCACUGAAAGUAAAACGGAUGUAUUUUGUAUUUUGUGUGUGUGUGAUUAAACCUGUCUCUGAAAAUAAAGCUGCUGUCAA